AUGGAGUUGCUGUCAGACUCCACGGUCUACAUGGCGUACUAUACGGUGGCCCACUUUUUCCAGAACGGUGACAUGUAUGGGGAGACCCCCGGCUCCAUCCGGCCGGAGCACAUGACCCAGGAGGUCUGGGACUACAUCUUCCUCAAGGGCCCCCUGCCCCAGGACAGCGCCAUCCCCCAGGCCACCCUGGAGGCCAUGCGGGCAGAGUUUGAGUUCUGGUACCCCUUCGACCUCAGGGUGUCUGGCAAGGACCUCAUUCAGAACCACCUGACCUUCUCCCUUUACAACCACGUGGCGGUCUGGGGGGAGGACAAGGACAGGCUGCCGCGGUCGUUCAGGUGCAACGGCCACCUGCUGCUCAACAGCGAAAAGAUGAGCAAGAGCACGGGCAACUUCAAGACCCUCUCGGACGCAAUUGCUGAGUACAGCGCCGACGCGAUGCGCUGGGCGCUGGCGGACGCGGGCGACGCCCUGGACGACGCCAACUUUGAGACCAGCACAGCCAACGCCGCCAUCCUGAGGAUCACCAAGGAGCUCGCAUGGACAGAGGAGGUGCUCGCGCCAGACGCGGGGCUGCGGGAAGGCCCCGCGGACACGGUGCAGGACAGGGUGUUUGCCAACGAGAUCGCGAUCGCCGUCCACAGGGCCAAGGAGGCGUACGACCGCCUGCUAUUCAGAGAGGCGCUCAAGGCGGCAGCAUACGACCUCGGGAACGCACGUGACGUGUACAGGUUCUCCUGCGGCCCCGAGGGCAUGCACCGCGGCCUGCUGCAGCGCUACGUGGAGAUGUCGACGCUCAUGCUGGUGCCCAUCACGCCGCACACCUGCGAGCACGUUUGGGGGAAGAUGCUUAAGAAGGAGGGCUCAGUGCUCACUGCGGGCUGGCCGCAGUGCGAGGAGCCGGACUUUGUGCUGCAGCGCGCCGCCGCCUACAUAGAGAGCACGAUUGCCAGCUGGCGCAAGCUCAUCGCCAAGGUGGAGGCGCCCCCCAAGAAGAAGAAGGCGGCCGACCCGCCGCCACCCAAGGUCACCCACGGGGAGGUGUUUGUGGCGGAGCGCUUUGGCGGCUGGCAGGAGGUUGCACUGCGCGCGCUGGCCGGCGGCUUCGACGGCGGCGCGAAGCAGUUCUCCGCGGACGUGUACAACGCGGUGCAGGAGGCGAUCAAGGGGGCCGCGGGCGCGGGGGUGGACGCGGCGCUGGAGGGCCUGAACGACAAGCAGCUCAAGGCCCUCACAAUGCCCUUUGUCAAGUUCAAGGUCGACGAGGCGCUCAAGGGCGGGCCGCAGGUCCUGGACGUGAAGCUUCCCUUCGACGAGCAGCAGCUGCUGCGCGACAACACCCCCUACCUGCUGCGCGCGCUCGGCAUCAGCAGCCUCAGCAUACACGCCGCAGGCGACGCGGCGGCCGCGGCGGCGGCGGGCGCGGACGUGGCGGGGGCCUACCCGGCCGCGCCUGUGGUGGUGUUCUCUGCGGCGGCGCCGGCGGGGGCGUGA